AUGGAUACCGAAAUUGCUAUAUCGGGACCAAUACCUCCGAAAAAUCCGUACAUGUUUGAGACCGAUCGUGAAAUGGUAGUACCAUUAGCCCCGUCAUUCUUGCCUAACAAUUUAUCCGUCCAUUACCAUGAGUCCAAGUUCACAACAUACGCCUGUUAUUGUAGCAAGAACAACGUAAGUCGUGGUAAGUUCUGCACCAGUAUCUGUAGGUUCAACUCAUAUCAUGGGACAUACACAUGGAAAAUCUUCAGAUGGAUUCUUUGCCGUUAAAGGAGAGUGGCAAAGAGAAACCGUUGACUAUAAUGCAAUGUAAAAUAUGUUCACCUGGUAAUCGGUUGGGACCCGUAUUAGUUGUAGGUACGGUAACUAAUGUUAUGGUGAGUACAAAGUGUAACAAACUGGAUAUAAAUUACAGAUACUUGACGUCAAACCGUUGAAGAUUCUAGCUAGUACUCCUUUGGUUAAUGUAAGUUUAUAACGAACUAACAUCAUACAGAAUUAAGGGUGAUGAAAAACAAGCGCACGCAGCACAAACCUCACAUUACAUGUUUGGUAGAGGGAUUACUUGUGUUGACAACAUGGUUUUAAUAGGUAUAACGACGAUUGCAGUUGUGUACCUCUGUAUUAGGUAGUUUUUCAGGAGACAUUCUUAUGUUUUUGUGCAAUGGAGAGAAUAGUUUUAAUGUAAAGUCGUGUGCUCCAGAACACAAAGCCCCUAUUGCUGACAUUGCCACCUGUUCGUAUGAUAGUUUGACAGUAUCAUCGGAUAUUGAAGGAUUAGUUGUUGUAUGGGCCAAGAACAUGAAAACUGUUCUCAAAAGGAUAAAGACAAAGUAUGUUGUUUUAGGGUCGCUUUAUCCUUUUUAGCCAACAAAUAAGUGUUGUGAACAUCCUCAGGAAACAAGUGUUUUGUGGCAACUUCCAUGGCCAAGUAGUCGUAUUUUCAAUUCAAACUGGUGCACAGCUAGCCGAACUCAAUAUUCAUAGCCGACAAAUAACGUCAAUCGCAGUGGCUCCAGAAUCCGCAUAUGUAAGUAGAUCAACAAAACAGUUAAAUGACAUAAUUCUCUGUUCGUGACCUACAAAAAACGUUUGUAGAUUUUGACUGCCAGUGAAGACUGCUACGUCAGGGUAUGGAAGUUGUAUUCUCGCCAUCCAGACUGUUAUCGUAUCGAAUACCGAUACCACGAUAAGACGGACAAUAUGCCAAUUGUGGGUGCUCAAUUCUUGAAUGGACGAGGAAAUGGUUAUGCUAUAACCCUAUUCGAGUAUCCCAAGCUCCCUAUAUUUAUAAUAAGGAAGAAUCCGAUCGAACAAGGAGAGAGCUAG